AUUUAUGCAAGCAACAAGUGAGCAAGUAUGUGAAAAAAUUUAAGUCAUAGCCACAAUAUACAUCAUUAGAAAACUAUGACAAUAUAGAAUAAAUCAGAAGUAAGUUUCCUGCUUUAGCUAAUAUCAACAUUGAUCAUAAAUUUGAUAAUAUAAAGGAUAGUAGAUUCUUUAUAAUAAGAACUUAAGGAGAAGAUAAUGUUCAUAGAGCUAUGAAAUAUGGAAUUUGGACAAGGUAAAGUUUUAAUUAAGGAAAGCUCUUCUCGUAAAAAUGAAAGAUUAGAUGAGGCAUUCAAGAAUAAAAAGGAAGAUGUUUAUUUAUUUUUUACUGAAAUAAAUAGUAUGUGUUUUAGUGGAAUGGCUAAAUUAACUUCUUAGUUUAAUGCAAAAUCUCAUUUUAAAUAUUGGUUAAUUGAGAAUAAAUGGUUUGGGACAUUUUAAAUUCAAUGGGUAAAUUGUUAAUAUUAUUUUGUCUUAGCUUUACGUUAAAGACUUACCAUUUAAACUAUUUGAUGAGAUUAAAUAAAUCUAAAAACUAGAGGGAAGUGAAGAAACCUUAAAGUCAGUCUAUGAUCUUAUUGAUUGUACUGAACUUACAACAGAGAAUGGCAUAAAAAUGGCUUAAAUAUUUUAAUUAGAAAAAACUAAUAAGAGUUUGUUUGAAGAAUUUCCUUAAUUAGAUAAAUUAGAAGUAUAUUCAUUAAUUUAUAAAAACUUAAGUAUGAAAGUAGACAAGAAAGAACUAAUAAUAUUAGAUUUGAGAAAAAAUUCUAGGAAUUAUCAGCAGUAUUUGAAACUAUUCCAUUUUCUUUUUCAGUUGCUUCAUAUGAAAGAAAAAAAACAAAUAGAAAAGCAUAAGGUUCUUAUUAUUAAUCUUAAUAUAACUAAUAAUAUUAUUAUUAAUAGCCUUAUCAAUAGUAUUAUUAAUAGCCAUUUGUAGGUAUUUUAUAUUGUAUAAAAAUAGGUUAUUAAUUUUAAUAAACACCACAAUAUUGGUAAUUUAAUAAUGGAUUUUAUUAAAAUUAAUAUCAAUAGAACUAAUAUAAUAAUAAAUAAAGUUUUAAUAAACAAUAACAACCAUAUGACAAAAAUUAAUAUUAAUAAAAUAAUUAUUAGAAUUAAUAAUAGUAAUAAAAUGUGAAUACAUAAUAACCAUAAUAAAAUUUAACUUAAGAAGAAAAUUAAGAUUUGUAGAGUGUACCUCUAGAACAAAGAUUUUAAGUAAAUAGUCAGUAAUUGCAAAAGAGAGGAAAGUUUGAUAAAAACAGAAACAAGAAUAACAAAGACAAUGUAUAAUAUGUAGAAAAACAUUAAACAGAAGCUCCUGUAUAAAAAUAUUGA